AGUAAUGGUGCUUUCGCUAGCAAUAGAAAUUAUUUGGAAGCACUACUGAAAGGGAGAUUCCAAAAAACUGUAGAUAAUCCUAUGGAUUGUCGGAAAAAAACUGGUAAUACCAAAUUGAUAAUAAAAAAAAUACAUAAAAAUAGAGUUGAAAAGAAAAGUAGGAGCACCAAAGAAAAACUAAAUAUUAUUGACAUUAGGAGAGUCGUAAAAAAUAAGAAUAAAGUUCCAUUAAAAAAAUAUUUGGAGACAAACAAGUUUCUUUUUGGUAGCGAUGAUGAUACUGAAGACUGUGUGAUAAAAAACAACGAAAAAGAAGUUCUAAAGGAACAGCAUGUCAAAAUCUCACAACCCCAAGGUACUAUUCAAAGCACUCUCAUAGUGAAGAGUGCUCAAGGAGCAGCUACAAACUCGGAAACUUCUACUAAUACAAAAACAAUUCCCCGUACUGAUGAUAAAAAUGGCGAACAAUUUAUAAAUUCCGUACGCUCGGAAUCAGGCCCUGACAUCAAUGAUAAAGCAGUUAGCGAAAAGGUUGAUGCUACGGGAGGAAAGUGUGGAAAUUGUUUGCCAACUGAGAUUGACAAAGGAAACGCAACAAUAAUUUGUACAGAAACAGAGGCAAAGGGAAAUGUCAAUGCUAUACAAUUCGAAGAAAUCCCGUUAACUGGGUUUGAAGCGCCAGUACAAGAUGGCUUUAGUGGUUUCCAAAGAGAAUAUAUAAUUUACAAUGAAAUUACUGAAAAUGUCGUUUUAGCUGAAAAAUCUGCAGGGCAACAACUAAAAUGCAAGUCUCCAACAAUAGAUGAUAAUGAAAAACCACUUGAUCUCAGCUUCAAUAAAUCUACCGAAUUCACUGAUAUACAAUUUGAGGAAAUUUCAGAUUUACUUUCAACUAAUGCGUUGCAUGCGCAAACUACUACUGAGCUGAUUGUAGAAGAAUUUGAUAAGUUAUUAGAACAACAAUCAAAUGCAACAAGCACUAACCCAACAAAUUUUUCCGAUUCUGAACACUUGCAAAACUCCGAAAGUAUUGGCGAAAAUCAGUUGCCCCCAUUUUCCAAAUUUUUCAAAAAUAACGCAAAUAGUUUAAAAAGUAAUGAUGGUUUUAUGACUCAAUCUACACCAAAACAAAAAACUAUUGGUCAAAACACAAUUAUAAAGCGUGUAUCACAGCAGAACCUUGAUAAAGAAAAUAAACCAAGCAAGCGCAAGAAAAAGGUAAAUUUCGUUGAAAAUUCAGCAGAAACAAAUACAACUCAAAAAUCGAGUAUUGAAAUAUUAAGUGUUGAUAUAAUAAUGCCAAGUGAAGGCACCACAUCCCUGCCAUUAAAUUUACAUAACAGCAAUGAAACCACAACCGAUAGUCCUGAAAGCAAACCAAUUACAAAAGGAGGUGACAAUUCGGAAUUAACCAAUGACGAAGUAAGGGUAGAGGAGAGCACAUGCUAUCACCGCACGUCUGGAAGUAUUAUAGAGGACUUAAUACCGUACGUAAAGAUUAAAAAACCUACAGUAGCAGUACCAUCUUGUGGCUCCCGUGUUGCAGCUGAUAGUACAAGCGAACAGCAACCUGUAGCAUUUUUAAAUGAAAUUGAUUAUGCGCCAGAAGAUACGCUCAAUCAAUUGAAAUUAGAAUGCAUGGAUGAUGAAAACAAUUUAUUUCACUCCACACUGCAAAGCAGUGCUAAUCUCACGGCUUCAUUUUUGAGUGAGGACCACAAUAGUACAAGCGAUGAAAGCAUGCUUUUAAGCUUUUCUGACGAAGAUCGGGAAAACUAUAAAUUACUACGUUCUACUGGAUUACAAAUCGUUAUGACUCCGAACGUUGAAGAUGAUUUGUGCUUGUAUAAAACGGAGGAGAUGCGUACCAAGGCCAAUUGUUUUGCAAAAAUUUACUGUGAAUUCAAAUACCUUUGGAAAGUUGGCAAUGGCGUAAAAAGCUAUGAGCAAAUAGAAUUAAACUUUAGCAAGCUAAUGCAACGCUUAAAUGAACAUUACAAAUUUGAGCUGUCAAUCGCACAAACUAAACGUAUUGUAAAUCUAGUCUCACUCUGGUACAUGCAAACCUAUCACAGAUGGUUUAUUGAGAAGAAACGUACCUCAACGCCAAUACUUUAUUACUUACAAAUUUUUGCUUAUCUACCGAAAACAUCACGUCGUAUUUUCUACUGCGAAGAGUGUCCACGUUAUUUCCUUUCGCAGCAAAAAUUCUUGACUCACCGUCGGGGACAUGUUGGCGUUCCGCCUACGUGCGCCACCUGUCAAACCACUUAUGCUAGUCGUGGAGAGCUACAAUUACACACAAACCAAUGUGCCACAUUUAAAUGCAUUGAAUGUGAUAGCGAAUUCAAAAGUGCUGCAGAUUUGGAGUAUCAUCUACGCAAUAAUCAUAUGUUUCAGUGUGAAAAAUGUGGCAAAUUGUGCGCAACAGCAGCCGAUUUAGAUUGGCAUGAACAUCAAUAUCCAAUCAUUUGUGGUUUAUGUAAUCGUUUUUAUGACACGGCGUUGGAGCUGCAGAAGCAUCGACAGAACUCAUUCCAUUGGGACUAUACAUGCCGGACAUGUGAGGUGUUUCUGCCGACUGCAACGUUGAUGAAACAGCAUCUCAAGCUGUGCAAUGGCAAUACAAAUGCAUGCCCUAUUUAAUUCAAAUAUACAAAUAUAUAUAUAUUUUUAUUUUAUAAAUAUGCAUACAUACAUACGUAUGUAUGAAUAUUGUUUUAAUUCAAAGUAUUUAUUAUUGUAGUACAAAGUGAAUGUAUUUGGAUUCCCAGUUUUUUUUUAGGUGAAUUUAAUAAUUUUGUAAAUAAUAUUUACAAUGUUU